CCUCCCUCCCUCGCCUCCAGGUCCCCGGGCCGGCGGACCCGCGCGCAGGCACUGCGGGGCUGGACGACCUCCAGCCGGCUCCCGGCGAAGCGCCGCGGAGGAGCUGCCGGGCACGCGGGGCCCGCGCACGGGCGAGCCCCGGCCACCUUCCCCUCGGCGCUGGGCCGGCGCAGAGCUGGAGCAUCCGCGGGCGGCCGGGCACGGCGGACCGACGGCCGGCUGCCCCGCACCCGGUGCCCCGCGCCCCGAGGCAGGGGCGGCGGCGACAUGGCCGCGCGUGUCGGCCUCCUGCUGCGCGCCCUGCCGCUGCUGCUGUGGGGCGGCCUGGACGCCCAGCCGGCCCGGCGCGGAGGCCAGGAGCUGCGCAGGGAGGCGGAGGACACGGGGAAGGGGCAGCGACAAGAUGGGAUGGACGGGCAAGAACUGAGCGAGAGGGAACCCUUACACCCCAGUUUGGCGCGGAGCCACUGUCCCUCACCGCCUAGUCUGGGGAGACUUAGCAGUUCAUUCAUCGGACGCCCAGAGCCCUCCCCAAAUGUCAGACGCUGCGGAGACUCCCAGGCAUUCCUGGAGAAGUACGGAUAUCUCAAUGAACAGACCCCCAAUAGUCCUGCCUCCCUGCGAUUCAGCAAUGCCAUCAGGGAGUUCCAGUGGGUGUCUCAGCUGCCCAUCAGCGGGGUGCUGGACCCUGCCACCCUGCGCCAGAUGACUCGGCCCCGCUGCGGGGUGGCAGAUACUGACAGCCAGGUGGCCUGGACCGAGAGAGUCAGUGCCCUAUUUACUGGACGCCGGGCCAAAAUGAGGCGUAAGAAACGCUUUGCAAGGCAAGGCAACAAGUGGUACAAGUGGCAUCUCUCCUACCGCCUGGUGAACUGGCCCCAGCAGCUGCCUGAGCCGGCAGUUCGGGGGGCCGUGCGCGCCGCCUUCCAGCUGUGGAGCAACGUCUCGGCGCUGGAGUUCUGGGAGGCCCCAGCCACAGGCCCCGCUGACAUCCGGCUCACCUUCUUCCAAGGGGACCACAAUGAUGGGCUGAACAACGCCUUCGACGGCCCAGGGGGCGCCCUGGCGCACGCCUUCCUGCCCCGCCGCGGCGAAGCGCACUUCGACCGCGAAGAGCGCUGGUCCCUGAGUCGACGCCGCGGGCGCAACUUGUUCGUGGUGCUGGCGCACGAGAUCGGCCACACGCUGGGCCUGACCCACUCGGCGGCGCCGCGCGCGCUCAUGGCGCCCUACUACAAGAGGCUGGGCCGCGACGCGCUGCUCAGCUGGGACGACGUGCUGGCCGUGCAGAGCCUGUAUGGAAAGCCCCAGGGGGGUUCAGUGGCCAUCCAGCUCCCGGGAAAGCUGUUCACUGACUUUGAGGCCUGGGACCCCCACAGACUCCAAGGAAGACGCCCCGAAACCCAGGGUCCUAAAUAUUGCCACUCUUCCUUCGAUGCCAUCACUGUAGAUGGGCAGCAGCGACUGUACAUUUUUCAAGGGAACCAGUUCUGGGAGGUGACAGCUGAUGGCAACGUCUCAAAGCCCCACCUACUACAGGAAAGAUGGGCGGGGCUGCCCCCCCACAUUGAGGCUGCCGCGGUGUCAUUGGAGGAUGGAGACUUCUACUUCUUCAAAGGGAGUCGAUGCUGGAGGUUCCGGGGCCCCAAGCCAGUGUGGAGCUCCCCACAGCUGUGCCGGGCAGGGGGCCUGCCCCGCCACCCCGAUGCUGCCCUCUUCUUCCCUCCUCUGAGCCGCCUCAUCCUCUUCAAAGGCUCCCGCUACUACGUGCUGGCCCAAGGGGGGCUGCAGGUGGAGCCCUACUACCCCCGAGGCCUGCAGGACUGGGGCGGUGUCCCUGAGGAGGUCAGCGGCGCCCUACCCAGGCCUGAUGGCUCCAUCAUCUUCUUCAGAGAUGACCGCUACUGGCGCAUCGACCAGGCAGAACUUCAGGCAACCGCCUCGGGCCGCUGGGCCACAGAGCUGCCCUGGAUGGGCUGCUGGCAGGCCAACUCGGGGGGUGCCCUGUUCUGAAGACGCCCCUACCUCUUAGUGACCCACUGGUGCCAUCAUGGCCAACGUGUGUCCCCUGCCCCAAGGGCAGACCCUGUCUGGAAGCCUCUGAGCCUCCCUGUGAAGUCCGGGCAGGAAAGUUCAUCUGCAUUUGUUCCCUGGAGAAUGUCUCUGUGCUGUCAAGAUAUUGAUCUCUGUGGGAUCAAUUCAACAAGAAGCCAAAAAGGAUCCCAGACCCCACAGCCCUUUUCCCAAAGACGCAUUCCUCCCCAGGCCUUGGGGAUUUUGUUCUCUACCCUAAAGGUGCAGUUCCUGUCCAGGAAGGAUGCAAAACUCAGUGGAGAAGUUGAGACCACUUUGCAAAACUGUCCCUUCCCUUCAGGACCUCCUGGCUCAGUCCUUGGAGAAUUGUGUCUUAUUUAAUCAGAGGCCUCACCCCCCAGGUAGCUUAGAUGGGUUGGGUACAAGGGUCUCCAACCUCAGGGUGGGGUCAGGACCCAGAACAAGAAGGAGACCAAUACAGGACUGCUGGGCCCUGGUUUUUUUGGGGUGUAGGGAGGGCUGGAAUAAAGAGGUGCUCCCAGCUGGUGGGCCUGAGGGAGGAAGCAGCCUUCCUUGGACCCGUUUCCAGUGAGAGCAGGUGGGCAUGGUUGCUGGGGAGGCUGCAACCAUGUUCUUCCGAUCUAAACCGGGACCAGUGAGCUGUGUGUGUGUAGUUGUGAUAGGGAGAGGGGUCCCGCCUCUCUUCUCAAAAAGCAAACUGUCCCUUGCCUGCCCACCCCCCAGGCCAGAUGGAGAGCCCUGUGUAGCAGGGCGGGGGACGGGGGCCUCUUUGGAGGUCUGCACUGCUGCAGGCCCUGGGGGCUCUGCAGGCUGGGAGAGCUCCGUGCUCACAAUGGCCCCAUUCUCCUGGCCACACACGAAGCAUUCCAGGAGCUCCCACUAGCUGGCCAAGAAUAGCUGGGAUUCCUGGAGAAGGACCCAGCUCCCCAGCUCCCCAGCCUCCUGGUCUUCUGUCUCAGUGGCUUCUGGGGCUGGUUCUCUAGUCCUGUUCCCUCCACACCUGCCAGUGCCUCAUCUGCACACACGCUGACCUCAGUCAGACCGGGCUUCCCACGGGAGGGGAGGGAGGUCCGGCCAGCUUCAGCCCUCAGCUCCCAGUGGGCAUUCUUGGCCCGGCGCCUUCAUUUUCUCCUCUGCGCAGUGGGGAGGACGGCCUCUGACUGCCCUUGGCGGCAAGUGCUUUGUUCGGCCCCGUCCGGGGGGAGUUACAGGGAGGAGGCUCUCCGCCUGCCCUUUUCCCUCUGGCUUGAACCCGGGGCGGGGGUUACGAUCUUUUGUCACCCACACCGGAAUCCUCGGCCCCACCUCACGGCACUGACACUUUACUUAGGGGCUUUAUUGAAUGAUUUGACGGAAGAGGCAAGUGUCCCAAAGGGUUUAUUUCCCUCUAGGCGAUGCCUCUGCCCACCGGGCCAGAAGGACCUGAAAUAUCCCAGAGAUGAGUGUGAGGCUGUGCUGACCCGGGGGCGGGGGCCCUCGAGAGGCGCUACUGGAGGGAUGGAGGUCCAGGUGAUGCUGGGCUCGGCAUUGAUGACAGCUGGGGCCGCCGCCUCAACGGUGGGCCUGCUGGCCUUCUCGGAGGGGGGCGCUCCGGGAGGGCGGCUCCCUGGCACGUGCUGGAGAGCGCUCCGGUCGGGGGAGAGGAGGGGGUGGCGGGGAGUUUGGGGUCAGGCGAGGAUGGACGGGCCACAGGGGCUGGGGGUGGGGGCUCAGGGGCCCACAGCGGCCCCCGCGCCUCCAGAAGCCGGCGCCUCCCGCAGAUCCGGGUGCUCCAGGACGCAGUGCGCCACGUAGCUCGGCGAACUGUGCAGGUUUCUGCACCUCUUACAGAAAAGGACCUCGCAGCGCGCGCAGCCCCCGCCACGCGGCGGCCGCCGCCGCGUCUCCAGCACGCACGGCUCCUCCGGGGGGCUCCGCUUCCUGCGGGCGGUGGGCGGGGGCCGGCGCGCUCAGGCCAGGGCGCCGCCCUCUGCCGCGCGGGGCCCCGGCGCGCGUGCACCCCGCCCCCGCCAAGCGGCGCGCCCUCACCUGUCGGCCGGAGCGGCCAGGCCGCCGAGCAGCGCGAAGGGGCUGAACCAGCCCCAGAAGCCGCUGUCCGCGCGCCGCAGCAGCGCCACCUGCUGGGUGCUGGACUCCUGGCGCAGCGGGCUGUACGACACCGAGCCCCGCUCGCGGCCCUCGCCGCCCUCCGCCUCCCCGCCCUCCGCCUCGCCCUCGGCAGCGCGCUCCUCCGGCGGCCUCUCCUCGUCCUCCUCCUCCGACCCCUCCUCCGAGGCCUCCGCCUCCGCCUCCUUGGCCCCGGGCUCCUCCAGCUCCUUCUUCCACAAGGGGGUCUUCACGCCUGCGGAGGGGCGGGAGGAGGUCAGUGAAGGGCCCGGGUACCCUGGUACCCUGACCGUGGCCCACAACCCGACCCCCCCCCCCCAAAAAAAAAGGCAGGCGCCCGAAGGACGGUGCGUACGAGAUGCACGGGGCCAGCACGGUUUCAAGAGAAGGUUACAGAGUGUGCAGGAUUUCCCGGGCAAAGGAAGGCCUGACUUUCUGGGUCCCUGCACUUCCUAGCUGAAGACUCGGGUCAAGUCACGUCGCUCCUGUCCAGCUCCGUUUCCCUAUCUGUAAAAUGGGGGAAAGUAGCGCCUGUCUCAAGGGUUACUGUAAGGCAGGUGUCCCAGGGCUGCGCGGGGCGGGAAGUCAUCAACAAGCAGGUGCAAUGAGCCUUGCGGACCCGCAGGAGACGCCGGUUCAUCACCACCUUCCUUCUAAUGGGCUCCAGGGUGGGCACGGAUCUCUGUGCCGGCUGUCAAUAAACAGUAAGUGCACUGAUUGGAAUUUUAAUAGGUGGUUGUUUAUAAUUUGUUUUCUAGAUAGAACGGGAUUUCCUUCUUCAAAGUGGGCCUUGCCUUAAGAAAGCCCAGCAUCACCUGCG